UCAAUUUAUUUAUCAGUCAGAGUGCUUCUACCCCAUUCUUCACUAACCGAUAAGAUAGAACAUAAAUCACCUUAUCAGCAGUAGUACACCAUCAACUUCAAUCACAUCGUUAGCAAUUAAUUGUGUACAGCUAAAAAUGUGUCCGAUCGGCAAGCUUGUUCCAAUUUCUCGAGCCGAUUGGCCUAAAUUACGCGAUCUAUUCAAGGGCAACGACCUUGCAAACGAAACCCCGCUCAAUGCCAUCCAGAACUACAUCGAAUGGGCGCAGAUUGACCCAAAAAUACGUCAUUUGGAGAUUCUCAGCUUGGACGACCGUUGGCGAGAAAAUGGGACGUUCAUAAUUUCGGACCGUCACGAAUUGUUUUUCUUCACACUUGAUCCAACACUCGAAUCGCUGUACCAAGCAUUGGAGCUCAUCGAUUGGGACUUUCCAUACCGAAUCUUCGCUAUUCUGGACCAACAUCAAGCGGUUCUGAGACAAAUCUUUAGCAAACUCAACAUCCCGUACCCCAAAACAACAGUUGCUUGCAAUCUGUCCCGACUGCCGAAAGAAAUUGGCAUCCGAUUUGAAGUCACUCCUCCACCAGGCUUCCGUUUAGGCACCCUAAAAUCCCACCACGUCCAAACAAUCAACGAAACGUGGCCCUUCCGAAGCGGUGGAUCCGAGUACGCCCUAACACGAUGCCUCCUCUGGAACACCAACGUGGGUUUGUUCAAUGACCAAGACGAGCCGGUUGCAUGGUGUUUGCUUAACAAUUUGGGAAUCAUUUGUGUGCUGUACACCGUCGAGCGCUAUCGUCGCCGAGGGCUGGCGGAAGUAGUGCUAAGGUCAAUGGUGAACAAAUUGGCCCAACGGGGGAUGAAUGCGGUCACCAGUGUGUUGCUGGAGAAUGUACCAUCCCGAGCGCUAUUUGAGAAACUGGGAUUCGAAGGUGAUUUGACUGUGCACGAUAGUUGCCAUCAGGUGGUGGAUCGGCUGGUGGAGUGGAACUUUUUUUGAAACGUUCCGCACAACAAAGUGGAAACAAGGGUGAAUUUGUCACCGGAAGUGACACAACCUGGUGAAAUAAUGCGUUAUUUCUUAGUCGCAUCGCGUCAUCGUUCGGUGUUCAAAUAAAGGCUUGCGGUUCCAUAGGCAUACAAAGGAAUGUAGUUUCUAUUGAGGUGCAUUAUUCAAGAAGAGUCAAAUUUCGUAAUUAGCUCUUUUGGGACUUUUUCCGUAUGACUUGUAAGGGAGAGUGGCGUCAUGUUUUAAUUUUGACAGGCCUCCUGCUCGUUUGAAAUGGGUAUUUGAAUGUAUUUGACAGAUGAUCACUGUUCUAAUUUUGACAUUGACGCCACGCUCCCUUCCAAUCACUCUAGGAGCCGACAAAAAUACUCAUGUAAUUAAAGAGCUAGAAAACACUUUUUUUCAAUUUAAAUGCAAUUUCACUCACGCAUGAGGAACGGGAUGAAUGACCCAUAAAAGGUUAAAAUCCCUGGUAAUAAACAAACAACAACAACUCACGCAUGAGGAGAUUUUUUUAUUACCGUACGGAUUUAUGCCGAAAAGGAACCAUGCUCUUAUAAAAGCUCCGAAAUAACAAUAGAAUCCAUUCAUGCAAACUUC